AUGAUAAAUAACACAACAACUGCUUUUUUUAUUGGUACGAAACAAAAUAAUUAUUUAUCCUAUUAUUUUCUUCCAUUCUAUACAAUUUUGUUUUUCAUUGGUACUUUUGGCAAUGGUCUUGUUAUCAUUAGUAUUCUUCGUUCGUCGCGUCUUCGCACAGUGACCAAUACUUAUUUACUCAACAUAGCUAUUGCAGAUUUCGUACUUCUUUUGAGUGUACCUUUCCUUAUAAUCACGAUACUUGCUAAUGGAUGGAUAUUUGGAAAUAUUUUAUGUAAAAUGUAUUACAAUUUCAUUCAUAUCAAUCAGUAUGCCAGUUCACUUUUAUUGGCCGUGUUAUCAUUUGACCGAUAUCUGGCUGUUUGUCAUCCGGUUCUAGCUAUUGAAUUUCGAACAAGAACAAAAUGUGUCAUAAUUAUUGGUGGAUGUUGGCUUAUAUCAAUUCUUUUUCUUUGUCCAACAUGGGUAUUCGCAACGGCCACAUCUGAGAACUAUUCUGUUUGGUUUCGUUAUCGAGUAGAAAAAUGCGUAAUUGACUUCCCAUCGGUUGAGUUUCAAAUUCCUCCAGAAAUUCUUUUUACCUAUUAUGGAUUUUUACUUGGAUUUCUUAUUCCUGGAUCUAUGAUUACAACAUUUUAUAUACUUCUUCUUAUACGUCUUAAUACUAUCCGUCGAAAACAUAAAUCAGGAAUAAAACAACGUUCACAUCGCAAAGUUACAAGAAUUGUUCUUGCUGUUGUAGCAGCUUAUUUUAUUUGUUGGUUGCCAUAUUGGUUUUUACAAAUAUUUAUAACAAUUGAUCCAUUAAUAUAUUCAUUACGCUCAAAUUUUUCUAUAUUACCAACGAAUACCAAUAUGCGUUUUCUUAAAGAAUUAACACAUCUAACAACAAUUAUUGGUUAUGCUAAUAAUUGUCUUAAUCCAGUUUUAUAUGUUUUUCUAUCAGAUUCAUUCCGUCAAGAAUAUUUAAUUUUACUUAAAUGUUCUCAUCCUAGUGGAAUCUAUAUGGACCAUGCAUUGCUUAGUGGAAAUGUACAAAAGUUUAAUCAUGAACAUGAAAUAAACCGACAACAAACAGCGCCGAUUAAUACUCGUCAAAAAAUAAUUAGAAAAAAUCUCAAACAUAGUGUUGCUAGCGAAGAAAUACCUUCAAAUAAUGCUUCGUUGUCAUUAUUUUGUAAUCAUGAUAAUAAUCAUAAACAUCCUUCAAGCUCGUCACCUUCGUUAAGAAUUAAUGAGAAUAAUAGAUAUCAUACCGAAAUGAAAGCAUUAUCUGAAAAAAACGCUUUAAUCAAUAGCCCACGUAAUGAUCAAAACCAAAUGAUACUAGUUACGUUAUCUCUCAAUUUACCUCAUUCUUCAUCAAAAAUGAUGGAUGAUGGUGGUGUCUAUUGUGGUGAUUAA